GGGACCAGGUUUUGGGGAGCAAUGACAGAAGUGAAGAGAGAGGCAUUCGGGCAGAUGCCCCCAGAAAAAGGAGGAAGCGUGGUGGAAAAGUUCAUCUUAAAGUCAGACACCGUGAAAGCAGAGAUCCUGUCCUUAGGGUGCAUAAUCACCGCUCUGGAGACAAAAGGCAGGGAUGGGAAGUUUUCAGAUAUUGUCCUAGGCUUUGACACUUUGGAAGGUUACACAAGGAAGCACCCCUUCUUUGGCGCUGUCGUGGGACGUGUUGCCAACAGGAUUGCGAAGGGGAGGUUCACUGUGGAUGGGAAGGAGUACCAGCUGUUCCUCAACAAUGGGCCCAACAGCCUUCAUGGAGGAGCCAGGGGAUUUGACAAGGUUCUCUGGAGCCCCCAGGUCCUCCCAAACGGUGUAUGCUUCUUCCGGCUCAGCCCUGAUGGUGAGGAAGGCUACCCUGGUGACCUGAAAGUCUGGGUGACCUACACACUCAGUGGUGGGGAGCUGGCCAUCAAUUAUCAAGCCCAGACCAGCAAGACAACACCCAUCAGCCUGACAAACCAUGCAUACUUCAACCUCUCAGGGCAGGGCUCACAGGAUAUCUACGACCACGAGAUUUCUAUUGAAGCAGAUUCCUCCCUGCCUGUGGACGACACCAAGAUCCCUACUGGGGAGGUGGCCACUGUGCAGGGCACCAGCUUUGAUCUCCGGCAGCCAGUGGAGCUGGGGAAGCACUUGCAGAAGUUUCAUCUGGAUGGCUUUGACCACAACUUCUGCCUUCAGCAGGCGCAGGCUCGACACCUUGUGGCCAGGGCUCGCCACCCACCCACUGGCAGGGCCAUGGAGGUUCACACCACCCAGCCUGGCAUCCAGUUUUACACCGGGAACAACCUGGACGGCUCCCUGAAAGGGAAAGGUGCCGUCACGUACCCCAAGCACUCAGCUUUCUGUCUGGAAACACAGAACUGGCCUGACGCCGUCAACAAGCCCCACUUCCCCAACGCCCUACUCCGGCCAGAUGAAGAAUACAACCACACCACGUGGCUCGUGUUCAGCGCUGCUUAA